AAAAAAAACGUGGACAUGAAUUACUACAGCACAUUUUUCACCUGAGCUGAAGACUGUGGAGGCAGCUAUGAGCCACUGCCAAAGCUCCAGCCUGCGAGGUGUGUGAGACACACUGAUGAAUCACUGCCGCUAAUUCCCACUAUGGAGAGCGCGGCAGGAGAGAGCAGGAGAAAGACAGACGUGAUUUAACACUGAACCUACACCAGUCUCCACACUGUCACUGCGCACAGGGUCAAUUAUGUAGCGCACACUCUCUCUCUCUCUCUCUCUCUCUCUCUCUCUCUCUCUCACACUCACACACACACAGCAAACAGACUGUUGAGCCAUCCAUUUAAAGCUCAUAGAAGCAAUCCAGAAAAGGUGAAUACAAAUAAAUAUUAAGUAUUUGAGUGAUUGAGGAAUAUCAGUCAUGAGUCUGAGCUGCAAUUGGAAACAAAGAAGCAGCUUGCUGAUUUAAUUUACUGUUAAUCAUCAUCAGAGAGCAUCAGGGUUGUGUAAACUCUAGCAAAGUGAGCGAGAGAGAGAGAGAGAGUGAGUAAGAGAGCGAGAGGGAGGAAAAAACCUCUCCAUGUGCUCAGUGCUGCAAAUGAGAUGAAGCUCUGUUGAAAAGUCGAGAGCUCCAGCCCCUUCCUCACUGAGCCGGAGCUCAUUCUUCCCUGUGGAUGUGUGGAGGAAACGUUGAGCCGCUGACGGGACGAGGAAAAAAAAAAAAAAAAAAAAAACACAGCACGAGCGAAAGGAGGACGAUAGAGGCUGUCUCACUCUACUUUUGUGCUCUGAUGUCACAAAACACAUGACCCAGCCUCUCCAGUAACAGCCCACAAGGAGGGGGAAAAAAGUGUGUUUGAAAGCAUACACGUUUUUUGGAUGGUGAGAAUGUUUCAUUCCCCUCACAAACAACCACAGAACCACAAGUGCGGUGCGAGCGCUUUGCCCAAGACGAGCGCAGGGAGCCACUGGGGCGUAAAUGGUUAAUCGGCGCGGGUCAACCCCACUCCCAGAGACCCGACAAGUCAUUUAGCACUUCAAGGGUCACGGCGACCUGGAAAGGAGACGUUAUCUGGCGAGGAUAUAACCAAGUGUGGCGAUGGCAUCUAACAGCCUUUUCAGCUCCGUCACUCCGUGUCAGCAAAACUUCUUCUGGGAUCCGAGCAGCAGCAGGAGGUUCAGCCCGCCGUCCAACGGAGUGCAGGCUCUGCCCGGGAAAGCGGCGGAUGCGAGCGCGGCGGGAGCGACGCAGCACGAGGCGAACACGGCGGCGGCGGCGGUGCCGAGACUGCGCGCGCACGACAACCGCACCAUGGUGGAGAUCAUCGCCGACCAUCCCGCCGAGCUCGUGCGCACCGACAGCCCCAACUUCCUCUGCUCCGUGCUGCCGUCUCACUGGAGGUGUAACAAAACCCUGCCGGUCGCCUUCAAGGUUGUUGCACUGGGGGACGUUCCUGAUGGAACAGUGGUAACAGUUAUGGCAGGAAAUGAUGAGAACUACUCGGCAGAGCUGCGGAAUGCCUCCGCCGUCAUGAAGAAUCAAGUGGCACGCUUUAACGACCUGAGGUUCGUCGGGAGGAGUGGGCGAGGGAAGAGCUUCACUCUGACAAUCACAGUAUUCACCAACCCUCCUCAAGUGGCCACUUACCACCGAGCCAUAAAGGUCACAGUGGACGGACCACGAGAACCAAGGAGACACAGGCAGAAGCUGGAGGACCCUCCAAAACCAGGGCUGUUCUCGGAGCGCCUGAGUGAACUAGAACGCCUGCGCCACAGCACCAUGAGAGUCGGCGUGCCUACGCAGAGCCCCCGGCCAUCACUCAACACCGCAGCAAACUCCUUCAGCCCACAGGGACAGACGCAGAUCUCAGACCCACGGCAGUCUCAGUCAUCUCCACCGUGGUCAUAUGAACAGCCAUACACGCCCUACCUGAGCCAGAUGACUUCUCCUUCCAUCCACUCCACCACUCCACUCUCCUCCACCCGAGCCACAGGCCUGCCCGCCAUCAGUGAUGUACCAAGACGUCUCUCAGGUACAUCAGAUCUGAGCCCUUUUGCAGCCGACCCACGCCAGUUCGAGCGCCAGUUUCCCAGCCUGUCCUCUCUAACCGAGACACGCUUCUCUAGUCCCAGGAUGCACUACCCUGCCACAUUCACCUACACACCAACCCCUGUGACAUCGGGCAUGUCUCUAGGCAUGUCCAGCACCACCCACUACCACACCUACCUGCCACCUCCAUACCCAGGUUCCACCCAGAACCAGAGCGGGCCGUUCCAGACCAGCAGCACACCAUAUCUGUACUACGGGGCUUCAUCCGGCUCAUACCAGUUCUCCAUGGUGCCAGGGGGGGAACGCUCCCCGACGCGGAUGCUGCCACCAUGCACCAGCGCCUCAACAGGCAUCAACCCCAACCUGUCAGCUCAGACUGAAGGCACCGAGGCCGACGGCAGCCACAGCAGCUCGCCCACCGCUCUCAACUCUAGCGGGAGGAUGGACGAGUCCGUGUGGCGGCCAUAUUGAAAGGGGUCAGCCAUAUUUGGAGGGUUACACAGGUCAACGUAGCAAUGCUCACAAGCUACGCAAAUCUCGGUAGUAAUAGUCCUUAUAGAAUUGGUUUCUAAGCACAAAUGCUACAAAUUGCGCAGUUCAGAGAGCAGUGUAACUUCAGUACUUUAAUUUACGAGUCCAGGCAUUAUUGUGAGCUAUCUGACGUUCCACUGCAGAACUGGUGAGAGCCAUGCAAGCGAUCUGUUGCUGAACUGAACUGGUAGAAGAACUUUUAUUGUAUUAGGUAUGCGUUUCCCAGACUAUUGACUGAGACUGUUUUCAUACUAACUCAGUGUAUUUUAGAAAUUUUUUAACACUGAACAUCUUUUUUUAUUUAUGAGUGAAAAGUCAGAUAUAUUAGACGGUACCUGAUUAUGUAUAUGCCCUCAGAUCUUCUUAAUUUAUGUAUAAAAUUGUAGCAGAUAUGGUACUAAGAAGCAAUAUAAGCCAUAUAAACCGUAAAUUAUGCAAAGUGGUUAGAGGGACAAAAUUUAAGACGCUUGAAUAAUAUUUUGGGAAUGAUUAAUAACUUAAUUGUAUAUUUACUCCUUAGUAAUUUAAAAUGUUUUUUUUUAUCUUUAUUGUAAGGCAAACACAUAUCCAAUAUGUAAACAAUGAAGGAAAGAUGUCAGACUCAGAUCAAAUGUUUUUUUUUUGUUUUGUUUUUUUUGUGCUUGGAUGUUGCUUUCCUCCUUAGAAAGCUGCAUACGUAGGGAGGGGCAGUUGACUUAAAAAUUGAGGGGCACUUGCAAAGAUAACAAGACCCAAGUCUUGAACUGAGUGAAGCAUUUAUUUACACGUAUGUGACAUAUUCCACUCCCAGUUCUUAUUCUGACUUUGUUUAUCCGAUGUUUUAUCGAGUUAAUUUAUUUUUUUUUCAAUUUUACUUUUAUUUAAUGAUAUCGAGUGACUAUGAGCAAGACCAAUAGCAUGCAGCGAUUGUCUCACUCUUUCCAUGUUCACAAGGAGUUGUGUUCAGGCUGCCUAUAUUUCUUUCAGUUUACAGCACCCUUACAAUCACAAUACUGAAUACAUGUACAAUGUACACAAUCAAUGUGAGGAAUCGGCCUUUAAUUCUUAACUGGACCAUUAACUGUGCAUGUAAGAGGUCAGGUGAACACUAUGCAAAAAAAAUGUAUAUAAAAAUUAUUUUUACAAAAAUAUCAAAUGGAUCGCAUUUUGCUUUUGUGCAUGUAUACAUCCCAGAAAUAUUAUUUCAUCACAAGUGGAAAAAUGUAGGUCAGAUAUUCCGGGUCAUUUAUUAGAAGACAUUAGAACUGAGCAUGUUAUAUUUCAUAAUGCAAAUUUUGUAAGCAGAUAUUCCAGCAUACAGACAAUCGGCCACUUUUAAACAUCUAAAUUACUUAAUACUGUUAGCGUUUUUGUUUCUAAUUGUAAUUCUAAACUUAUUUAUUGCUUGGUGAACCAUGUGUCAGGAUCGAUUUCUUACUGACAAGAGAUCUGCAAAAAUGUCACCAGUUUUAUAUUUUUAAUGGUGUAAUUUUUUACGAGAUUUAACCACGGUCUUUGAAUACGCGUGUCUGUGUGUGUGUGUGUGUGUGUGUUUUGGAUUCAGACAACACAUGAUACUUCAUUUGUAAAUUGUAACUUAAGAGGCUGCAGGCAGCACCCUGGGAAAUCAAUGUAAUUUUUUUUUGGUUUUAUCUGGAUCAAAGCACUUCUUUUAUUUUCUUUUUGUCUUUGCUUGGUUUUGAAUAAAGCCUUGAUGCCGUGGGGGAAAGGGAACAGCUGAACAGCCAAUCACAAGGUCACAAGAGUCAUCACUUAGGUACAGAGCUUGAGCCAGAUUGAGUUUACAACUAAUACCUGAAUGCACACAGUUCAGCCCACUUAGAGUCUCAUAGAGUAAGCAAGCAAUAUUUGAAAUUCUUGUAUUUGUGUGUGUUACAGUACUGCUACAAUAUUAAUCAGGGUUUUAACUUGGGUAUAAACUGGACUGACUGUUGGUGAGAGCACAAAAAUGUCACUCUGGCUCAAAGUGAUCAUACAGUUUUCCAGCAUCUGCUUUUAAAUCUGAUUCCUCAUUUUCUUUAAACUGUUGUCUUUUGGCUGUGAGAAGAGAGAACAUGUUUACAAUACUGCAAAAGACUUAAAGAACCUCUGCACUGUUACCAUGAUUGAAAUAUUUCUGAUAACUGCUUUAUGCCAGUGAUGAAUAAUACCAAACGGUUGACUUGUUCUGUCCGAAUUAUAUGUUUUAGUGACAUUGCAAAGUCUCGCAAGCAGCUUUGGGUUUGCAUCAAAUAUCUGACAAAUGUGUGGCUCAUGUCGGAGCUCUGAGCUUUAUGAAUGGCCUAGCGAGUAAUGUUAAUCAGAAGCUGUGGUCAGCAAAUCCGCUGCUGGAGUCAGUUCCAAGAUUUUUCAUCUCCAAGUGAAAUCCAGCACACUCGGAGUUGACUGAUUGGCGGCGUUCACAGCUUUGAGGUCUUCGGGGGUCACUUGGGUUUCAUAACUAACCAAAAAUGAAUUUUCCCCUCUGAUUAAGUGACCUAGCGAAGGAGAGGCCUGCAGGCUGAGAACAGGAAUAAGUCACAGCGGGUAGCUUCAGGUUGGCCAGUUGAAAGCAGCAAAUGCAAAAUUCGGCACGGUAUGUUAGAACAUGUCUCUCAAAUACAGUGUUUUGCAUGUAAUAUUCUGGAAAUAAACCCUUUUAUACAUAAAUAUGCAUUGUUUUGAAUAACCUUCAUAGACGUUUAGUUUGUAAACUGCUGCAGAACAUUUUGUUUACUUUUACCAUUGCUUUCCAUGCACAUACUGUACAGAUUUUUACGUCUAGUUGAUCAGUCACCCUGGUUUUCUGUCUCACAUCUUUUCAUUGUUUGAACUCAUUUAUUUGUGAAACUUCCAGCAGUUUCUGUAGGACUAACAGGUCCUGUAAAAAUUGUGAGAUUGUUAAACAUUUCUAAUGAUUGUAUCAUUGGUCUUGGAGAAUAAAAAGAAAGAUUUUGUUAAAAAUGCUUGCCUGGGCUAUAUUUUUCACACUAAGGUGAGAAGGCAAUCCAGACUGUGGGACAUUAUUAUACUGGAUGAUAUAUGACAUCCAAUACCUUUUUUUUUUUUUUUUUCAGAAUCCUACCUUUAGAACUGUACCUAAGUAAAUGUGAUUGUACAGCAGGUGCUUCCUAAGAAAAAUGAACAACCGCUGAAAUGGUCAAGGGAAGUGCAAAAACCUAUUUUAACUUCCUUUUACUGAGUGACAGUUAUAAUAACAUAGGCUUGGGCACCACCAGUUUGUAUUCUGCAGGUAUUACUGCUCUGGAAAGCCCCUGCACGAUCAAUGAAAAAGGUAAAAUCUGGGUGCUGACUGCAGUCUUUAGUUCAAGCUGUGUCUCAUACAUCAUUAUUAGUGACAGUUAGAAUAACAAGCUCAUGCACGGACAGUUUGGAAAACCCACACAUGAUCACCCGAAAAAGGCAAAGAUGUGUUUAGUGCAUCACACAGCAGUCAUUAUUUCAGGCCGUAUCUCAUGAGACUUAAUUAGUUCUGGCUGCACUGGUAGUAUUGUCAGCUGACAUUUUAUAGCUAACAGCUUAUUGAAUUCUAUGCAAUUCUGCUGAUAUUGAGGCUCUUUGUUUGGUUAAGAAUGGUGGAUAUAUUUUGCAAGAGCUCUUUAUAAGGACCAGAGGUACAACAAGUCUGUAUUUUACAUUAACAUUCCUAGUCUGGCAUGUCAAACCUGAAUUGUUUUUUUUUUUUUUUUUAAACACAUCUCCGAUGCCAAUCUGAGAUCUGGCCCUAAACAUUUGGGUCUCCUCCACAGCCAAGCGCUUAACUCAGAUUUGAAUUUGGUAAAAUGAGUGUGUUUAUUGAAGGAUGCUUAUCUGGAUAUGUCUCGCUAAUAUUGAAUACAGAUUCAAAUCUCCAUAAGAUUCUUUAAGAUUUCCUGUCACUCUGCCAGAUUUUACCAUUUAUAGGAUUUCUGCCAAAGACUUUCAAAACAUACUGGACAUGAAGUAUAAAUGUCCCAUUGUAAGUCAUGUGAUUAAUGCAAACUGAUUUGUUCCAUGUAAAGAAUCAGUUAAGGCAGUGUGAUCUUUAAACACAUUGCUGACUGUUUGCCUAAAGCUGCACCCGAAGGCCCUUUAAACAAUCAUAUCAGCGAAUACAAACAUCCUAAAGUUCAGCUUGGCUCAGUGUUUGGGUUGGAUCACAUCAGUGAGGAAACUCAAUGAGCUUUUCUAGUACCAUGUGCAAAUACUUUUGAUACAUUUAUAGUCAAGUUAUUUCUCAUUGACAUGCUAGAGUUUGUUGGAGUUUAGGGUUUUCUGUAUGUGUUCUGUCUGCUAUUUAAAAUGUUCAAAACACAAAACAGAGGCUAAGUACUUUAUGCAUGACUCCAUUCAAGUUGUUUCUAAAGUAAAAUAUCAUAAAUUGUUGUAUACAACAAAUACCAGGUUAGAAUUUCUCCACAAAAAGGUUACACAAAAAUUUCUCUUGCUUGAGGUGAAGAAUUGUAGACAGCUGGUAAAUUCAUAAUGGAAGUUUGAUUUAUGUUCUCCAUGUUAGGUACUGUGUGAUAAUGUCUUCUCUGGACAGUGAGAAAUAUGACACUCACUGAAACAACAGAAAACUUUGUCUCGUGUUGGCUUUUCAUUAAGAUGGUAAACUUCCCCUAAUUGACUCAGAAGUGUGUAUCAUCUCUGUGGCUACGUGAGGCAAUAAUAAAGGACUGGAAAUUUAAUCAGAAAAAUAUUCAUUCACAGGAGUAAGAGCUUUACAGUGAAGAGAUUCUCAUUACAUCACUAAAUCAAGCGUAAACUUUAACUAGUUAGUGGAGGAAUGACCUUUCCUGUGUUUCAGAGCUUUUUUAUGUCAUGUAGGUGCUGGAGAUGGCCACUCUGAAAUAUAUGGAUUUUUCUUUUCUUUUUUUUUUUGCAUAUUAAAAAGGUACACUCAUAUUAAAAGGGUACAUUUAAAUCUUCUUCAGGGGUUAUUUGGAUAGAUAAUGUUUCUUAAUAUCUUAAAAGAGAUCUUAUUGGAUCCCUUGCUGAUAGAGAAACAGUGGUAAGGUUCUACACAGAACCGUUAAGAGUUCACGAGAAGGACAAGCGAAGAACCUACAGAUUGUAGAAAAGUCUCAAGUUUGUCGGUGUUGUUAUCAUGUACUGUUAUCAUGUACCAUUUUUAAAACAAAAUAUUUUUAGGUAGGUUUAGGCUAUGUAUGGUUUGAGUAUUUAUUCUAGCAUUUUACUAUAGUAAAAUGAUAAAUUAUAUAUAUUUUUUAAGAAAUAUGUUUCCAUUGCAAUCUUAUGUUUAUUAAUGAAGCAAUACUGAUUAGUUGGAAGCAAAUAAAUGUUUUAUAAAUUAUAUAUUUGUAAAUUUAAAAAAGGUUUCUAUUUUAAAUGAGUAACAUCACAGACACCAAAGACUUUUUGUGGCAUGAAACUGAAACAUUUACAUUAAAGAAUGUCUGGAAAAAAACUUUAGCUUCCCAUGUGCUCUUGAUCAUUCUUUUUGUUUUGACCAUGGCACACUGGAAACGGUUCAAAAAGACCUUCUUGUGUUUUUAAAGACCUUAUUUUAUUUAACAUUUUCGUUUGGGUAACAGCACUGACAUAAACUUGAGAGACAUGCAGUUUUCAUUAACUAUUAAAAAUGUAAUUUUAAAUAAAAUAUAUACUAUUAAACUGAAAUUGUUAUUAUUACAGAGAAAUUAUUAAUUAUCAUGUUUUGUACCAAAACCAAUAACUUGCACUUUAGUUAGGUCACAUUUAUG